AAGCCGUCGGUAGUUUUGAUUUUCCGCUUCUCAUUUAAUUGCCAACUUCCAUCCUUCAUUCAGUUUCCAAUAUCCUUCGAUGCUCAAAAUCUCAGACUGAUUUGGGGAUCGUGGAGUGCACUUGUUCUCUUCUUCUUUUUAACUGUUUUUCUUCUUUCAGAUUAAGGUUAAGAUUGAAUACCCAGUCAACUCACUGCUUUUGUUUUUUUAUUACAUAAAAUCCAAGCAACGACAUGGAGGCAGUGCCUAUACAGAGUGAAAACUUCAAGCUGGGGUUCAUUGGAGCAGGGAAAAUGGCAGAGAGCAUUGCCAGAGGAGUGGUACAAUCUGGUGUUUUGCCUCCCCAACGCAUUUCUACAGCAAUCCACUCAAAUCCCAGUCGUGGUACUCCCUUCCAGUCACUCGGCAUCUCUGUUUAUAGUCACAACACCGACGUUGUGGAUGCUAGUGAUGUGAUAAUUUUUUCUGUGAAACCCCAAGUAGUUAAAAAUGUGGUCUUGCAGCUGAGGCCGUUACUUUCAAAGAAAAAGCUCUUGGUUUCAAUUGCUGCAGGAGUAAAACUGCAGGAUCUGGAAGAGUGGGCUGGCCAUGGCCGAUUUAUCCGGGUGAUGCCUAACACUCCAUCUGCUGUUGGUAUGGGAGCUUCAGUUAUGAGCUUGGGAGGAGCUGCAACAGAACAGGAUGGGGAAUUAGUUGGUAAAUUAUUUGGAGCAGUUGGCAAGACAUGGAAAGCUGAUGAGAAACUGUUUGAUGCUGUCACUGGCCUUAGUGGCAGUGGUCCCGCUUAUAUAUAUUUAGCAAUUGAAGCUUUGGCUGAUGGGGGAGUGACUGCUGGUCUUCCGCGAGAACUAGCAUUGGGACUUGCUUCUCAAACUGUUUUGGGAGCAGCUGCUAUGGCUGUUCAAUCUGGGAAGCACCCUGGUCAGCUGAAAGACGAUGUUACAUCACCUGGUGGGACUACAAUUGCCGGCAUUCAUGAGUUAGAGAAGAAUGGUUUCCGGGGAACAUUGAUGAAUGCAGUUGUGGCAGCUGCUAAGCGUAGCCAAGAACUUUCCAGGAAGUAGAAGAGUCAGACCACUUGAUUCUCUUGAAAUCUUGGAACAGAUGAUUGCUGGACAAUCAUUUUAUUUAACAAUGAGAGAGCGACCAAUGAGUUUAGCUUUGCUUUUAUAUGUAUUUGCAGGGUUUAAGAUUUACAUAUAAAUUUGUUUUGUAUUGGCUUUUUUUUUUUCAGUCUAGCAAAAAAAUUUUUUUUAAAUAAACUAAACUAAGAGGUUGGUUAUUCAA